UCUUUCUCUCGAGUGAGUUCCGGUAACGUUCCGGCUGAGGACAGACUGCUGCGGUCUCUCUUCACAGGAUACAGUAAACUGGCCCGUCCGGUUGAGAACGUCAGUGAUGUGGUGCUCGUCCGGUUCGGACUGUCCAUCGCUCAGCUCAUUGAUGUGGAUGAAAAAAAUCAGAGGAUGACCACAAAUGUGUGGGUGAAACAAGAAUGGCACGAUUACAGACUCCGCUGGAACCCCGAAGAUUAUGAUAACGUCACGGCUAUGAGGAUACCGGCACAGUUUAUAUGGAAACCAGAUAUAGUGCUGUAUAACAAUGCGGAUGGAGAUUUCACCGUGACACACCUGACCAAGGCUCACCUGUUCUUUAACGGACAAGUCACCUGGGUCCCUCCGACCAUCUACAAGAGCUCUUGCUGCAUUGACGUCACCUUCUUCCCUUUUGACCAGCAGAACUGCACCAUGAAGUUCGGCUCCUGGACCUACGACCGCAGCAAGAUCGACCUGAUCUCUAUGGAUGACAACGUGGAUAAGUUGGACUACUGGGAGAGCGGAGAAUGGGUGAUCACCAGUGCCGUGGGCACCUACAACCUCAAGAAGUAUGAGUGUUGCUCGGAGGUGUACCCCGAUAUUACCUACUCCUUCAUCAUCAAAAGACUGCCACUGUUCUACACGAUAAACCUCAUCGUGCCAUGUUUACUCAUUUCCUGUUUGACUGUGCUGGUCUUCUACCUUCCGUCUGACUGCGGCGAGAAGGUGACCAUGAGUAGCUCCGUUCUCCUUUCUCUAACCGUCUUCCUGUUGCUUAUCACGGAAAUCAUUCCGUCUACGUCACUGGUGAUUCCGUUGAUUGGCGAAUACCUGCUCUUUACGAUGAUAUUCGUCACACUUUCCAUUACUAUCACUGUUUUCGUGCUCAAUGUGCACCAUAGGUCACCUCAGACGCAUUCCAUGCCCGGUUGGAUCCGUAAGUUCUUCCUGGACGUAAUUCCGAGAUUCCUUUUCAUCAAGCGCCCCCCUGUAUUGCAGAAGUGUAGGAAGAGCAUUGACUCUCAGCAGAAGAAGCGAACGAGCAGCACUCCUUCAGUUUGGGACGACAACUUGGUUCAUUCUCCAUGUUCACGUAUACUUGUCAAGUAUCCAGAAAAGUUUCCACCUCUCCAGACUUCCCAUAGCUGUUGCUCUUUUGGGACUUUAGGUCCUCCAGGUACACUCUUCUCAAAUUCCCCAAAGGCUUCUGAAGAGAAGCUACAGGGCAAGGAAAAGACCCGCUCACUAAGUGUGCAAUAUGGACAUGGGGAACGAGAGCGGAAGCCUUCGAAUGCUAGCAAACGCUAUCGUUCGCGGAGCAUCCAGUACUGUUGUCUUCAAGAGGGGCUUCAACAAAAUCAACGGAGGUCUUCUGUAUUUCAAUUCCCCUUUGUGGCUGAGGAACAAUUCGAUGUGGCAGGUGGUAAAUUGAAUGUGAUGCAAGAGAGUUUGUUAGCUACCAAAUCCGGCAAAUUGACUGACACAGAGGAAAAUCUACAAAUCGCGCCAACUAAUGCUAUGCUGCAAGCCAUUGAGGGAGUGCAAUACAUCGCUGACUACCUCCGUGCAGAGCAUGCAGAUUUAUCUGUGAGGGAAGAGUGGAAGUAUGUGGCCAUGGUCAUUGAUCGGAUCUUCUUGUGGAUGUUUAUUUUGGUGUGUAUUCUGGGUAUCGUAGGACUGUUCUUCCCUCCAUGGUGGGCUGAAAUGUUUUAAUAAUCAUUAUGAUGAAAAAGUAAUUAUAACCACUGAAGUCAAAUGGUACUUUUCCACGGCACGUUACGGCUCGACUCGACUCUGCUCGCUUUACUUUUCUGAGUUUGCUUUUCCACUGCUGUUUAGUGCCGCCUCAACGUGGGCGGGAUUAUAGGCUGAUCAUCAUAGUUCCGCCGCCUCUACUGCCGUGACAUCACCUUAAACACAACACAAACAUUACUAACCAUAAACAAUAACACAAGUGCUAGCUAUUAGCAACUAGCUCAUUGUGCUGUAUAAAGCAGUUGUUGCAUGGUGAUUUUACUCAAGUGUAACAGUUAAAUUGUCUGGUUGGUUAAGAAGCUUUCCAGUAGCUGCUCAACUAAAUAAAGUGAAGCUUAUAUAGAGCAGAGUAUAGAGUUAACGUAACAAAAUGUACCAUCCACCAUCGUGGACUCCAACAACGCCGUGGCCGAGUCCAGCGCAUGCGCGCCUCCCAUUGCUCGCCGGUCUAGAUAGCGUCCAUUUGGUCGAACCACUUCCACUUUUCCUUGAAGGUUCUGUAGUCACUUAAGUUUUUGUACUUUUCCCUACCCUGUUGGUAGGUCCGGUGGAAGCCGUGUGCAGCCAACAGCUGAGACACUUCCUGAAAGACCUUUUCGUUUCACGUCGUUUCGUUCGUCGCUAAUGAGAGGAACGUCUGCACCUUGUUUAUUGACCACGCCGUGGUUUUGCGCACAGCCAUUUCUUUUCACAAUUCGAAAGUAGCUUGAACAAAUGAUACUGCUAUCGCUGUAGCUAACUUUAAAACUAGUGGGUUUAUGUCCCGUGUUGCAAAUCCAGUGACGCUGGUAGUGACGAUUCUCUCUGACCAAUCAGUGAUCUGCAGGGUUUUGACGUCUGUAAAGGGGUUCAAUGGAAAGGAGGAAGCAAGAACUGGCUUGACAAUGUAAAUAAUAUUUUAAUAUUAAACUUAAACAGAAAAGACAAACACACCUACACGCCGGUUCUCCGAUACACCGCCGCAUGGUCCUCGAUCACUCCUCCACCCUCUCAGGCGGACGACAGCCACUUCUCCACGGGCGGACCGGAGUCAGACUCACGACCCCCGGCGGUCAAAACGUCCCUCCACGUUCUCGGUGACUUGUGGGGACACUCCUCCGCUCCUGGCAGUAGCCCUACCACUCCAGGCGGUCAGGGAACACUUCCCUCCUCCCCUCACGGACAGCAGUUUUCCUCCGACCCCUCCGUGUUUCUGGGGGAUGGCAGGGCUCUCCUCCGCCCCUGGCAGCGACUCCAUUGCUCCAGGCAGUCGGGGAGUCCAGUCCCCACUCGCCUCGCGGACGGCGGCCAUUCACCGUGUCCGGGUGGUCGGUUUACUCCCUCCCCCAGUGGAUGGUACCGGCGCUCCCCUGGGUGGACGGCAGUGUCGAGGACUCCUUCCCGGGCUUCGGCACCAGUGUAAAGGGGUUCCAUGGAAAGAAGGAGGCGAGAACCGGCUUGACGAUGUAAAUAAUAUUUUAAUAUUAAACUUAAACAGAAAAGACAAACACACACAUGACGGACAUGUCCGUAAACUAUCUCUCUCUCGUCGCACCACCGUCUGCCAUCGGCCUUUAUCCCUCUCGGAGGCUUAAUUGGCCUGAUGAGGGACCGGGUGUGUAUAAUCACGACCCUCCGCCCUGCCACAACGUCACAUUUAGUAUCGGCUGGUCUCGCUUGGAACAUCGACCGAGGUGGUAAUAAAAAAAGUACCAGGUACCAUCCACAGUGUAAAACCCCCAAAAAGUGAGCAGUCAAGUCGAGUCGAGUUGUACCGUGCAGUGGAAAACCCCCAAAAGACCCGGUCUAGCCCACAUCACAACUAAAUGAUUACUAUACUUGCAUGUAGAAUAGGACGUGUGUCGAAAAGGUGUUUUGUUAAAAUAUCUUCUUUUGGUCUUAAUUCAGUUAAAGUGUUUUUACCUGUUGAAGUUCCAUUAGACUUGUAGAUGGAAACUAGUUUUGUCUGAUAUAAAUGUAUUAUUAAUGAUCAUAUCCCGUACUUUGCCUUUACCUUUACAUUUACCUUUAAUUAUCAUUUUUGUCAUUGGGGGGGAAUAAUAAAAUACAA